GAAUCGUUUCCGGAAAGGAUCGCGCACUGACAGCGGACUUCGGGGAAAAACAGUCCGUGUGUGUGUUUCCGGAGUUAGCAAUAGUCACAUCGAUUUUCACUCAGCCUAAAAAACAAACAAACCCAAAACAUAGCGAAUUCGCCUGACCGUUUGGCAAAAUGUCACGUGGACGACAUAUAAUUUGUUGAUGUAGUUCGAUGUAUACAUGUUUUUGCAUUUUGUUGGUAGCUGACGUUAAACCUGUUUGUUUUCUAAGUUAUCCUGGUUAGUUAGCGUUAGCUACUUUGCUAACUUACGGUAACACCAACGAAAGCUUUUAACAAACUGACAGCUUGACCGCAUUUCAGGCAACCUAAAGGUGAAACCAGCAAUGGUGCAACCCCAAAGAGAUGGCCAAAUGCAGUGGGACAUGACGGGAGAGGACAGCGGGGGCACCCUUAGGGUUCCACCAGAGCUGGCUACCAAUGAAGUGGUUACCAGAUUGCUGGGUGACAACCAGCAGCUUCGAGAUGCUUUGCGGCGCAGCAAUCUAGCCUUGCGGCAACGGUGUGAGGAGAUGGAGGAAUGGCAGCGGAGGACAAGAGAGGAAAGAGAAUUUCUGAGCUGUCGAUUCCAAGAGGCCAGGGAUCUAGUGGAGAGGUUGGCCCAGGAGAACCACUCCUUACAAGGAUUAGUAAACGGACCAGCUUCCAUGUCUAAUCACUAUUGUAGCUCCAGUCAGACUGAAGACCAGCAAGGCUGCCCAGCAAGAAAUGGACCGCUGGAGGCAUCACAGACUCGAGAAAAACAGGAAAGAAAGAGAGUGGAAGAGACAGAGCAGCACACACAGACCAUGCCAUCUCAUGGCCUCAUAGUAAAUCAGCUUGUGAGGAACAAAGGGGAGGAGACAGAUCAGCACAUGCAGACCAUACCACCUCGCAGCCUGAUAGUAAAUCAGCUUGUGAGGAACAAAGGGGAGGAGACAGAUCAGCACAUGCAGACCAUACCACCUCGCAGCCUGUCUGUGGAAGGUGCAAAUGAGUUCAUGCAGAGUCUGAAGAUCCACAAAGAAAAGCUGGAAGAAGGAAUAAAAGAGCUGAGGAGGAAGAAUGAAGAACUGGAAAGGGAAAGGGAUGAGGGCGAGAAGGAGAGAGGGCGAAUGCGUCGCAACAUUGACCAGCUGUUAGCCAAGCUGGUCCAGGCACAGGCAUGCGGUGUAACAGAGGAAGUGGUUCAGCAUCGAUCUGAAGCCCAACACUCUUCUGACUGCUCUAGCCUUGCUAAACUCACAGAGCAGCUUCAGGCCACACAGGGCAGGUAUCGGGAGCUGGAGGAGAAGCUUGACUAUUUGCAGAGAAGUUCAGCACAGAGGGACAGAACCGAAGCUCUGCUCAAACAGAAAGAAAAGGACUGUACACAGUUGUCGAAGGAAUGUGAAACUCUGAAAGCUCAGGCAACAUCUCUGUUAGGAGAGCUGAAUGAGAGACAGAGCUGCCUUGAUAAAAGUGAGCAAGAACGUAAACUACUGGAAGAAAAGUUAUGUAGUACGUUGGAGGCCCUGCAGGUGGCAGAACGAGAGCAGGAGCAGCAAAGAAAGCAGCAUCAUGUGGCCAUGGACAAGCUGCUGUUUCAGACUAAGAGCCUGGAACAAGCCUUAAAAACAGAGCGGCAUGUUGUCACAGAAGAGAGGAAGAAACUGACACAACUACAGCAUGCCUACACAUGUCUCUUCAGAGACUAUGAUUCCAAAUUAAAGAAUGAGGGGGGAGAUCUGUGCAGUCGGCUAGAGGAUGCUGAGAGAGCCCUGGCUCUGAAGCAGGAUCUGAUUGAUAAGCUGAAGGAAGAGGUUGAAGAACAGAGGGGCUCUCUUGAGACUGUUCCUGUCCUCACUGCACAGGCUGAAAUCUACAAAGCAGAUUUCUUAGCAGAGCGGGAAGCAAGAGAAAAGUUGCAUCAGAAGAAGGAGGAGCUGCAGGAUCAGCUGACUCAGGCCAUGGCAGAGAUCGACAAACUCAAACAAGAAGCAACAACACGUGCACGGAUGGAGCAGAUGAAGCUGAGACACCAGGAGGACUUUCCACCUCGGGCUGCUCACAUUGCUGCUUCACCAGGUGUAUUUGUUGCUGGAGCAUUCAACACGGCGCCCCCACCUUCCUCAUUCCGGAGUCACGGUUUGCCACCAGUCGGUGAUCCUGGAGCAAGUGGAGUUGAGGAGCAACAUGUUUUAUCUUGUCCCAAGUGCCAGUAUCCAGCUCCAGAUAUGGACACACUGCAGAUACAUGUCAUGGACUGUAUACAGUAAAGAUUUAUGCAUUAUUUUAUGUGUUGGUGUCUACUCCCAUGUCGGUCCUACAAAGAUACAUGGCAGUGGCACCUUAACUCACUGCUGUGCAAACAGACACUUAGAAUAUUAC